UGUUGCUUGGACGUGGCAGCCAUGACGUGAUUUCUGAGUUUUUGUUAAACAGAUUACACUAUUAAUCGUAGCGAAAACUGUAAUUUUAGGGGAAUACGUGCAUUACUCGUCACCGCCUAUCGAUUUGCCAGUGUGAAGUUAGAAAUCCAUGUAGAGUGAAAAGAGAAAACAAGUCAAAACUAGAACGCACCGGAGCAGAAAUCACCAGUUCAACACUAACACAGAAAAGCAACAAUCAACCAACCAACAUCUGUAGCAACAACAACAACGCCUUUAAAAGCAGUUUAUUCAUAUACGUCAACAAGAAGUCAACGUCCAAUUUAAAGUUUAAUUUGGUGUUGAUUUCUGUAUCGAUUGCUGCCCCUCCGAUAGGAAAAACCCACCCCCGCCAAUCGAUAAAUCGCACUAACCAACACUGCUCGGCGAGCGAGUGAGCGGAAAACAGCUGAUUGAGACGGGCGGCCUGUUGUUGUUGCACUAGCUGUGCUUGGUUUUUUGGGCCGAGGAAACUUUUUCGCUGCCCCGUUGUGAAGGCGGAGCGAGCGUGAAAGGGAUAGAAGAGAAAGGAAAAGAGACCAGAGAUAAAGAGAGAAACCAGCAGAAACUACAACGUGUGACGUGGUGGGGGCAUACAGGUGGCAAAACAGCUGUUUCAACAGCAAGAACAACAAAGAACAGCCUCGAGAAAAUCGGUUUUAUGUAGAAAUACAAUAAUCUGCCGUCUGCAGUUUUUCCAGCUAAUCAACACAUACACAAACACAUAACAACCAACAACACAACACACGCAGGAGAGCAGAACUUCCAGGCAGCUUCCAGGAUCAGGACCCCACCUACGCGAUAGACUUCCACACAACGUGUGCUUCCCCUUCCAACUCCAACGGCACACACGUCCUUCCUUCCUUCCAUCCAUCCAGCCAAGAACCGCUACCUUCCACAAUUUCCAAGCUGGCCAAAACACAGCUAGAGGCAGAUAAACCCCAAAUAAAGAGAUCUUGGAAGAGCAGAAGCGGAGCAGCUGCAGCAACGGGAAUAACUGGAGCAAUUGGCAAGAUCACAAGAAGUUAAUCGAUCGAGGAGAGAAGUGGACAACAUAUAUUGCAAUCCAAUUGGCGGCUAGCUGCGCGCACGUUAUGACCAAUUCGAUUGCGUCAACGAAAUGCCUGCCGCCCAAUGUUUUAUCGACCGGCAACUAUGGAAUGUCCCAGAGCCACCGCUACAACAACGAUGAUAGCAAGGAGUACAUCAUUGUCAAGCUCACCGAUUCCGCCUUCCGUGCGAUCGAGGAGUAUCAGCGCGAUGACAAUGCCAAGCGUUUGCAGCCCAACCAAAGGGCCAAGAUCCAGUUUGUUGGCAACGACGGCUUCAUUCACUUCCCGUCGCGUCCGGCAGCGACGGAUCCUAAUGGCAAUGCUAAUGGCAAUGACAGCGGCGGCGGCGGCGGUGGACGAAAAUUUGGCUUCACCAUCAACAAUAUGGAGGGAACGCUGGAAUGCGUCCAGCAGCAGCAACAGAACUUGGGAGUCCUCGGUGCCGUCACCCUGCGAAUGCGGAUUCAUGCGAACGACGAUGUCUAUGACACGACACGCACAAAAAUGGCCAAAGCCGAGGAGACGGAGAAGAGCAAGUGCAUACGGGAGAUUAAGCCAAAUCAGUCUGAUAUUGGGCGUAAGGUGAAGAAGCCGGCGUCCUCAGUGUCAUCCUCCUCCGCCUCCGCCUCUGCCUUCUCCGCCUCAGCCGUAGCUUCAGCCUUCUCCUCCUCAAACUCCAAUUCUGGUUCGACGACGACGACGACGACGGCAUUUCACCAUCACAGCAACAGCAACAACAGUGGGAACAACAGCAGCAGCAGCAAUAGUUUUAAUAGCAACAACAACCAUAGUCGUAAGUUAGGUUCAUCGCCAUUUAAUGGCCUAGGCGUAGGUUUGGGAGGCAGCGGCGGCUCCUCCAGCUCCUCAACCGCCGCAUAUGCCUCACGUUCGCCCAAUCCCAGCACGCUGGGCGCCAGCGGCACAGUCAACGGUCGCUACCACAGCGGCAACAACAGCAGCAGUGGUGGUGGUGGAGCCGCUACCUCGCUGGCCUCCACGUUUGCCAAUGGCAUCUCUCACGGCUACAAUAUGAGCGGCAGCUCGCCGAGGGAUGCAAUGCCAGCGUCGGCGGGAGCCUCAGCAUCAGCCAUUAACAACUCCUCUUCCUCGGCGAAUGGACGCAGCAAAAUGCAGCAAGGAGGUCUCACCUCGUCCUCGUCCUCCAGGAGUGCCAACAACAAGUCUUCGGGCGGCAACAAGAUGUUGGAUGUGUCCAGACGCAACAUACGCGAGCGUCUAAUUCAUUUGCUAGCCCUUAAGGCGUUCAAGAAGCCAGAGCUGUUUGCCCGACUGAAGAAUGAGGGCAUCCGGGAUCGGGAGCGCAACCAGAUUACCAACAUACUCAUGGACAUCAGCACCAUGUCGCACAACACGUACAAUCUGCGUCGCCAGAUGUGGAACGAUGUGGACGAGAACUGGCAGUUCUUUAGCGAGCAGGAGCUGCAGCAAUUGAAGCGUCGCAAGCCCCAGAAUCUGACGCCUCCGAUGAGCUCGGACGCGGGUAGCUCGACGUCUGGCCAGAGUCCCACAUCGACGCACACGGGCAGUCCGCCGCCGCCCUCGAACAGCGGUGGCGGUGCAGGUGGACCCGGACCUGGAGGCGCCGGAGGCAGCAUGAAGCGCACCAGCCUCGAGUACGACGAGACCAUGUUCAGCACUGUACAGCCCAAGAAGCAGCGCAUCAGUCACUAUAAGAAGGACACUCCACCCUCGGGCACCUCGUACUCGUCCUCCUCAGCCUCCGUAUCGAUGUUGGGGUCCUCGAUGAACUCCAGCCGAAAUCGGUAUACGCCGCCGCAGCGCCAGCCUGGCCCGCUGGAUGAUCACAGCACCAGUGAUCUUAGCUACAAUGUGCUGGACAACAUGGAGGAGUUUAUGAGCUCGACGGCAGCAGCAGCAGCAACGCAGCAUCAAUCAUCAAUGGACCAGCAGCAGCAGCACCAACAACAACAACAUAUUCAUCCGAGGAGCAGCAGUAGUAGCCGGCGGGGUAGCUCCUCAAUUGGCAACGGUGGCGCGGCCAGCAAUGGGGUUGGAGGAAGCAAGGACAAGCGCAAUUCCACGGGCAGCAAUUCGAGCAGCUCCAGUGGCUAUGAAACGCAACAGGAAAGGCAGCAGCGGGCAACGGCCACAACGAUGUCGGGGAGCCGCAGCAGUAACAAGUCAUCAUCUUCCUCAGCCUCAUCUUCUGCGACGACGCCACCCAAGCUGGCGGCUAGCUUUGUGCCCGCUGCCUCCACAUCUGGAUCCAGCAAGCAGCGAAUGCCACCCCAGCAGAGCGACUACAGUUCGUCCUACAACAAUGGUAACAACAUGCAGCAACAUGCUGCCUCCAACAGCAAGAAGCGGACGAGUAGUAGCAGUGGUGGUACUAGUGGUCAGCGUCAGAGGGGUUCCAGUUCCUCAAACUCGAGCUAUCAGCAAGUGCCACCACCCUCUUCCUCAGCCUCUUCGUCCUCCAAUUCGAGAUCCUCCCUCCAGCAACAGCAACAGCAGCAGCAGCAGCAGCAACCACAAGUACAUCAACAGCAGCAGCAACAGGCGCAACAUCUGGCACCUCAGCAGCACCAUUACCCCCAGCAGGCCAAGCAGCAUCCAUCGCCCACGCAACAACUGGCAGCUGCCGCACAUGCUUACGCGCAUGCCACGGCGGAGGCGGAUGCAUCAUCCAUACCCCGCUACGACUUUAGCCAGUUCGUGCCCAUCCAGUCGGUCGAGGGGCGUCGGCGGUACAAGACUGAGUUCGAGAGCGACUACGAUGAGUACCGCAAGCUGUUGACCCGCGUUGAGGAUGUACGCAUUCGGUUCCAGGACUUGUCCGAGCGCUUGGAGAGUGCCCGACGCAGUGAUUCCGGCUAUGGUGACUACGAUCACAUCAAGCACCAAAUAGUCUGCGAAUAUGAAAGGAUCAAGAACGAUCGCACCGUGUGCGAGGACAAGCAAAGGUUCGACUAUCUGCAUGCCAAGCUGGCUCACAUCAAGCAGCUGGUGACGGACUAUGACAAGACUUUAAUGAGUGCAGCCACUACUAAUGUGGCGGCAACAACGGCAGCGGCGGAAGUCCCGAAUCCAGCUGUGGACGAGGCGGCCGAGAGGCUGGCAGAUCAGCAGCGAAGGCAACACCAUGCGGCAGAGACGAUAGAACAGCAGAAGCAGCGUCAGCAUCAAGAGCAGCAACGUCAUCAUCAUCCCCAGCAGCAGCAUCAUCCGCAGCAGCAGCAGCAGCAUGAUAGCGACUCGGAUGACAGCUCGGACAGCUCGGAUUCCAAUGACGAUGAUGACGACGAGGACUGCGACGACUCCAAUACAGAUGACGAUCAGGCCCGCCGCUAUUGAUCCUGCUGGAACUGCUUCGAUGACCCGAUGACACUCAUAUAUAAAUACACUUUAGAGCUGGAAAAAGCAUCGACGCUGGAGGAACAUCGAAGCAUCGAAAACUUUUAUUCUUUUGCAGCUCUAAGAAACACUGAUACACCGCAAUGUAAAAAGGCAAAUAAAAAAACAAAAAGGAAAAAAAA